ACAGAAAACAGAACCAAUAAUUUCAAUGGAUCAAUCUGAAGAACAAAUUAACCUCCCAGAGCUCUUAGUAAUUAACCCACCCCCAGUAUUCAUAGUCCACCAACACCAAUUCUCAACAAAAUUCAAACUCCUCAAAGCAUACGAAUCUCCACUCUCCACAGACCUCUUCCUACAAACACACGCACAGUCCACUAAAGCCAUCAUCUGUUACGGAAAAAGCCCAAUCACUAGCAACAUACUUCAUCUUCUUCCUUCACUUCGACUCGUUGUUACAGCUAGUGCUGGAUUCAACCACAUAGAUCUACUUGAGUGUAAACAACGAGGUAUCGCUGUUGUUAAUACAGGUGAUGUAUUAUCUGAGGAUACUGCUGAUACUGCUGUUGGAUUGUUGAUUGAUGUGCUGAGGAAAAUUAGCGCUGGUGAUCGGUUUGUUCGUUCUGGAAAUUGGGUUAAUAAAGUUCAGUACCCUUUGGGUUCUCGGUUGGGAGGUAGGCAUGUUGGAAUAGUUGGUUUAGGCAACAUUGGUUUAAAAGUUGCAACAAGGUUAGAGGCAUUUGGCUGCAAAAUUUCAUACAACUCAAGGCAAAAGAAAACAGUUCCUUACAACUUCUACCAAAACGUUUGUGAACUUGCACUUGACUGUAACAUCCUCGUCAUAUGUUGUACAUUGACUGUCCAAACUCAUCACGUGAUUGACAAGGAUGUCCUAAAAGCAUUGGGAAAGGAUGGCAUUCUCAUCAACAUUGCUCGUGGACCUAUCGUUGACGAGAAAGAACUGGUGAAAUUCUUGGUUGAAGGUGAGAUUGCAGGAGCUGGUUUGGAUGUGUUUGAGAACGAACCAAAAGUUCCUCAAGAAUUGAUUUCAUUGGAUAAUGUUGUUCUUACACCACAUAAAGCUGCCUUUACAGAGGAAGCAUUUAGCGAUGCUUCCCAAAUUGUUCUGGCUAACUUAGAAGCCUUUUUCUCAAAUAAACCCUUAAUUUCUCCAGUCAUCGAUGUAUGACCCAAUUGGGCAGCCACAUUUACCUACUACUUUCCUGAAAAUGCUAUAUAAUUAAUGCGACCACCCAAUUCAAAAUGUUAUAUACUAUUUGAGCUGAAUUUGGGGGGAUCAAAAUGAGCUGAAUUAAUAAAUGAGGCAUUGUCCAAUCCUGCUCAAUCAGACAUCUAAGAAUGUUGCCUUAUGUAAUAGUAAUAGGUCUGACCAGGAAAUUAGCUUUCACACGCAUUGGAGAUUGAGUAUGCAAUUCUUUUCUCCUUAUUUGCAACUGAUCCUGGUCAAUUGUUUUUUGCACUCUAUAUAUACUUGAUUUCAAGGAAAGAAAACUAAGAUGCGUGAUUGUAUCAAUUAUUUCAAUUUCGAUGCUUUU